AUGAAUUCACCUAAGGAUUCCAAUAUCAAUUUUGUUACUCCUGCUGUUCCUGGAACACGAACAAGAAAACGUCGGGCAACUGAUAAUGAAGAAGUUAGUAAAGAAAUUUCACAAAAUCAGAAAACGAGCCGUAAAAGGAGCAAUAAUAAUACCAAUGUUAAUCCUUUUACAACAGUACCUGAAGAAGAAAUAAGUGGUCCAAAAACGUUAUAUGGAAAAGUAAAAAGUGGGAAAAAUGUUGGGAAAAUUGUAGAUGAAUGGAUUGAUAUUUAUGAUAAAAAUCCAGAAGGUGCACUUCAACAAAUGUGUCAAUUUUUAAUUUCUUCUUCUGGUUGUAAAGGUGUAUUAACAUUAAAUUUUAUAAAAUUAGGAGAUUUUAAAAAAGUAUUGGCAUUGUUAACAGAAUGUUUUGAAGAUACAGCUGAUUAUCCUCUGGUUUCUAGUAAUGCACAAUAUAAAAAAUUUAAACAAUCUUUUGGAGAUUUUUUAUUAAUUUUUGCAAGCAAAAGUAAAGCAAACAUUCUUUUCGAUUCUGUAUUGAUGGAUGGAGUUUGUCAAUUAUUGACAGCAAUGGCAGAUUCACCUGUAAGAGCUUUUAGGCAUACUUCAACAUAUGCAUCUAUGAAAUUGUGUUCUGCCUUUGUUGACAUUAUUGUUUCAUUAGUUGAUUUAAAAGAUAAAAAUAAAAAACAAAUUGAUACAGCUACAAGUCGAAUGAAAAAUGAAAGAAAUUCAGAGGCAUUAGAAUUAUUGAUGAAACAGUCUGGUAGUAUCAAUGAAAGAAUUUCUGACUUAACUGAUAUGAUGUCAUAUAUGUUUAAGAGUAUUUUUGUUCAUCGUUACAGAGAUGUUGUUCCUGAAAUAAGAAUAAUUUGUAUUACUCAAUUAGGUUUAUGGAUGCUAGUUUAUCCUGAAUACUUUUUAACUGAUUCAUAUUUGAAAUAUAUUUCUUGGAGUGUUUAUGAUACAGUUUCAGAUGUUCGAUUAGCUUGUUUAAAUGCUCUCAUACCGUUGUAUGAAAAACGAAAUAAUUCUGAAAGAUUAGAACUUUUUACAUCACGAUUUUUAGAAAGAAUAUGUUCUAUGGUUUCAGAUGUUAAUGUAGAAAUUGCAUGUAAAGCAUGUUAUUUACUUAAAUGUAUUUAUAAAAUAUUACCAAGUUUAUUAGAUGUUAAUAUUUGUGAACCUAUAUAUGAGUAUGUCUUUACUUCUCAUAGAUCAUUAGCUAUUGCUGCAGCACAAUUUUUGUCAGCCCAAUUUUUUAAACCAAAAAAUGAACAUAGUGAUGAUUAUUCUGAAAUGAUUCCUUACUUAGUAAUGUUUUUACAAUCAGCAGGUUUACACAAUCAUGCUGAUUAUUUUGUUGAUGCUAUGAUUGAUGUACAUCCAAUGUUAAAAGAUUGGAAUUCAAUGAUUGAACUUUUAUUAUCUGAUAAACACGAAGAUCUUGAUGUUCAAUUGUGUAAUAUUUUAGCAUGUGCUGUUAAACAAGCAUGUACAGGUGAGAGUCCUCCAGGUAGAAUUAUAACAACACGAAGAAAUGCUACUCAAAUUGGAAAAGAUAUAAAAAUGCAACAGGAGGAAAGAAUUAAAUUAUCAGAAAUUAUUAUUCCUCAUUUAGCAACGUUGAUGCAAAAAUUUAUAAGCAACGAAGAAUGUCUAGCUGAUCUUAUUCAUAUAUCAACUUUUAUUGAUGUUGAUUUGUUUAUGACAAAUAGAUGGGAAAAAUAUUUAGAAGAUAUUUUACAAAUAUUUGAUACAAUAAUUGAACAAAGUAUAAAUGUUGAAAUAUUAUCUAAUAUUGUAUUAACCAUUCACCAAUUGCAAAAAAAUAUCUCAGUAAAUGCAAAAGUUCAAGUAUUUCAUCAAACAAUUAGUCACAGAUUAACAGUUCAAUUAAAACAAGACAUGGGUUAUUUUAUUAAAGAACCUUCUAUAGAUAAAGAUGAAAAAUGUAGUUUAAUUUCAGCAUUAACAAAAGUAUAUGCAUUUUUAACAAGAGAUGAUCUUGGUAAAUGGAAUAUAUGGGAAAUUGUAACUCCACUUUUUAAAAUACCCGAAAAAGCCACUGAUCUCGAAAUUGUACUACCAGCAUUUAAGUGCCUUGUUUUAUAUUUAACUAAUCAAUUAAAAUCACUUGUUGGUGGAGUGAAUUCAUUUGACGGUACCCCAAAAAAAGUUAAGAAUAUAAAUGGACAGAUUAAUGAUUUUUAUAAAUUUUCAGUUUCAAUUCUAAAAAAUUUUAACACUGAUAUUGAUGAUGUUUAUCAUGGUGUUGUUGAUACACUAAUUUUAGUGUGUAAUAAUGAUUUGUAUAAAUCUUCGUCUUCAAAAGUAAAAAUUGGUUAUGAACCUGAUUCUUCUCUUGUUCAAAGUCUUAUAGAUUACCUCAAUUGUCAUGUCUUUGAUGUUACACCAACAUCAUCUAAAAAUUUAACCCAAGAAGAAUCAUUUGCCCUAGUUUCAAGAAAACGUGAGAUUCUUGCAAGUUUUUGUAAAUUAAUUGUCUAUGGAUGCAUAUCUUUCAGUAAUGCAAGAUUUGUUUUACCGUACUUUAAUCAAUAUUCUAAAGAUUUUGGUGAUAUAAUAAAGACAAUGAUGCAAAAAUGUAGAGAUAUUGAUAAAAUGCAAUAUGCUAAAGUUAUAGCAAAAACAUUAGUAGAAUGUUAUGAUAAACUUAAAGAUGAAGAAACGAAUCAAAUUGACACUUCAUCAAAGAAGUUUAUGGAGUUGAAGGAUUUGGCAAAGAAAUUUCAUCAGUCUUUUGGAAUUGAUCCUGUUAAAAAUAGAAAUGCAGUAUCAACAAUUCAUAGAGAUGGAAUUUUGUUUUCAAUGUUUAGUGAUGAGAAUAUUCAAUUUUUGGAAAUAUUAUUUGAAUUUUCUUCCCGUUUGCUUUCACAAGAUAAAGAAGUAAUAUUAAGUUAUUUAAUGAAACAUUGUAAAGUUGACGAAAAUGAAAUGAAAAACAAUAAAAAGUAUGAAUCAAUUUUAUUAUAUAAACAAUCUCUUAUGUAA